AUGAAGGUGCUCCCCAUUGCCACAGCUCAGACUUAUGGAGCUCACCAGCAGAUCUUGGAGCUGCUGACCACUCAAGGCAUCAAGACUACAGAUUACUUACAAGAGAGUGAUGUCAUUUUGCUCUUUUGUCCUAUUCUGCCACAAACCGUGUCCUAUUCUGCCACAAACCGUGCAGCCGACAAAAAGACUCCAGAUCACACUCGGCCAGGUGAAGGCAAACCGGUGGUGUCGGUUCUGAUGCAUCAAACUUUUGACCCUACUGACAAAGUCCUGGACACAACCUGCUGUAGCACACAGCACCCCUGUUUAAAGGAGGAAGUGCGGGUGCUUUUCCAUCAGACUUCAGGACUUCUGCAGUGCCACAGCAACCAGGAGGCAAUGCAGACCCUCAAGACCCUCUAUGACAAGUAUGCCACUCCAGCUCCAGUGCAAAAGCCAAUGAAGGUGCUCCCCAUUGCCACAGCUCAGACUUAUGGAGCUCAGCAGCAGAUCUUGGAGCUGCUGACCACUCAUGGCAUCAAGACUACAGAUUACUUACAAGAGAGUGAUGUCAUUUUGCUCUUUUGUCCUAUUCUGCCACAAACCGUGUCUGACCUUGAUGUAGCCGACAUAAAGACUCCAGGUUGGUUCUGA